GCCGCUGAAAGUUCAUCCACAAGGUUCUUCACUGGCAGAAGCUGCAAAGCUUUUGCAGCCGUUUGCUAUAUACGUCCAGUGGAGGCGCCAGGUUCUACCAAUAAAAGAAUCAUUUUACGCACUGGUUUUUUUUGCGCCCAAUCGUAUAGUUUAACGUUUUUAAAUUGUUUUAUUAUGCAAUUGAAAAUCACCGUUUCUUAUCUUAUCCCUCUCCAUGCCACACUUUAGCUUAUAGAGGCCUGAAAAAGGUUGUCGUUGAGCAGUCUUGGUAAUACUUCAGAACGCGAUUGACAUUCGAAAGUGAACGUGAAGAUGAAUUUUGCACUCAGUUUGGCACAACAAUUUGCAGUGAAUAGUUUGUGGUUGAUAAUAUGAUAAAUUAUUGAGUGAACUCUAACUUUGAAAUCUUAAUUCGAAAGCCCUCUAAAGAACAUUUUACAUCCCCAAUUUAGAGACGUUUUUCAGUGAUUUUCAGUGAUUUUUUGUGACUAUGGCACCAAAUGUUGUUGAUCCGCCAAAGAAUGUCGAGGACACUGAUAUUGUCCGAAAUUUUUCCCGGAGUCAGAGUACAGUCGAUGACAGCAAUCUGGAUAAAGUUGAGAGUGGAAGUGAAACCAAGUUGAUUCCUGUGGAGGAAAAGUGGUGGGAAACCACCCUUCAGGUGCUUGUGCCAUUUCUCAUAGCCGGAGUUGGGACAAUUGGAGCUGGUGUUGUGUUUGGAAUAGUUGCAAGAUGGGAAGUGUUCAGGAAUGUGUCAGAACUCAUCAUAAUGGUGCCAGCACUGAUUGGACUGAAGGGCAAUCUGGAUAUGUGUCUGGCCUCUAGACUCUCCACCCAAGCGAAUCUCGGCAAUAUGCUCAACUUCAAGAAUAUGGUGUCCAUGGUUAUUGGAAAUAUCUGCUUGGUGCAAAUUCAGGCAAUUGUGGCGUCAUUUAUUGUGGCUCUCUUCGCAAUUGCUGUCAAUGCAGCUAUCAAUGGGAAUUCUACCCUUGAGACGUCGAUCAUGGUGAUAGCAGCCGCUAUGUUUACGGCUACAACAUCAUGCCUGGUCCUAGAUAUCGUGCUUACAACUGUUAUUAUCGUGGCCAAGCGGUUUCGGAUGAAUCCUGACAACUUAGCUACCCCUCUAGCUGCGUCCAUUGGCGACUUGGUAUCCCUCUCUCUUCUCUCAGUCAUAGCAUCUCUGCUCUACGCAAACAUCGAAACGAAAUUCUGGAUCAACUACGUCGUCAUCAUCAUCUACUUGUGCCUCCUACCGCUCUGGAUCUUUAUUGUUAUCCGUAACAAGUUCACCAGGCAUGUCCUCAAGAGUGGCUGGGUACCUGUAAUUUCAGCUCUCUUCAUUAGCGGAAUGGGUGGAUUAGUGCUGGAUUCUGCUGUUGGAAAAUAUGAUGGAUUCGAAGUGUUUCAGCCAAUUAUUAAUGGAAUCGGUGGGAACCUCGUGUCUGUUCAAGCGAGCAGAAUUGCAACAAAAUUGCAUCAAACGACCGAAUUGGGCAUCAUGCCAGCAUUCUCCAAAAUCUUCGAAUGGCCCCAUCGAGCCCUAUUCAAAGGAGUGCCUUAUGCGAAAACAGCCCGGAUUUUGAUUGCCAUGUCAAUUCCCGGACAAGUCGUCUUUAUAUUCGUGGCUGAUGCCAUCCACAUGUCAGCCUCGACGUUGGAUGCGGCCUUUGUCUUCACAUACCUGACAGCCAACAUCAUUCAGGUGAGGCUUGAACAGCAGAUGCGACGUGUAAAUCCCACACAUCGCUUUUUUUUAGCAUUCCAUACCGGGAAAAUCCCAUCAAAAUAUCCACCUACAUUCCCAUCCUCCCUUUUGCAGAUCACAAUGCUCCUGUUCGUCGCCCACAUAAUUAUUCAUGCCAUGUGGAGGUGGAAAAUUGAUCCAGACAACUCAUCGAUACCCUAUUUGACUGCCCUGGGUGACCUCAGUGGAUCCAGUCUACUUCUAAUCGCCUUCAUCUUCCUCCACGCCAUCGGUCGACCGUACAGCGAUUCUCAGGAAUAAUUGCUCCUGAAAUUAUUAAAUUUAUCUAUUGUAUGAUACUUUGUGAAAAAAAAUACCAAAGAAAAUUACA